UUCUUGGGCAAGGAAGUGACCGCGGCUCCUGCCCAGGGGGAGAACCGGGGCUGGAUCCGUCCCGCUCAUGGCAGCAACAUCGCUUGCGCGCUGCUGCAGCAGCAGGGCAAUCCCCUGCAAGCCCCCGGGGCAGCGGGGCAGAAGGCCGCUGAGUCACGGCCAGGCGGACGGGGAAGGAAGUCUCCCUGACGGCGGCGGCAGCGGCUGCUCCGCGGCCCAGCGCUCCGGGGAGGCGGGCACCUGCGAGGGCAGGGAAGGGUUAACCGAAGCGGAGAAGAGGGUGGUGGCUCUCCACGAGGAGGCAUGCGCGGCUGGGAAGCAUAACUACAUAGAUCCAGUCACUGGAUACCUAGUGUUCACCAAAGUGGCCCAUUUGCAGAGAGGACACUGCUGUGGUACUUCCUGCAGACACUGUCCAUAUGGUCAGAUGAAUGUUAAAGAUCCUUCCAAAAAGAAGCGGUUCAAUUCCUUUUUCUACGCUUGACGAUCGAAGCCUUUUGCAUCAUACCAUGAAGUUGAGCGGGAGUCAGCCAUCACUCCCACUUCUUCCUUCUUUUCUGCCCCCUACAGCUUCCAUAUUUUGCAUAAUGCCAUUCCUUUGACCUCUGCUGUUCUGCAUCCUGAAUAUUUUCCAAUUGCAAUAAAAUAAAAACCCCAUGUGUGCUCCAGUGGCGCUGAGCCAUUGACAAGGCUUUCCCUUUCUCUGGUGUUAUAAGUGGCUGGCUGGGAAGAGAUGGUUGCUUUGCCUUCCAGAGUUAUCAGGCUGGAGAGGAGAAACCAGCCACUCUCAGGCUAGCUUUGUUUAGCUUGGUGGUGCUGAGCUACUCUUUGAGAAACAUUUAAAGGUGACUUUAAAAGACAGAUUCUCUUCUGGCACAAGGCUGAAAGGAAGUCUCCAAACUGAUCCAUAACACAAUCAUUGGAUUGACAUCUUUGUCCUGAAUGUUUUUACUAUAUUUGCUCUGCAAAUGUGUGUUCGUUUGGCUGCAAGCUCAACAAGAUAUUCUUAAGCAACUGCAGACUUGGCUUGU